ACAGAGAGAGCGAGAGCUGGCAUAUUGGACGGGAAACAUUUUUGACAGUCACUAAAAAAAAAGUGACAAGUUGCAACCGACGGCAGCAGAGAGCAGAGAAAUGGAGCCGCAAGAGAUCAGAGAGGGAUACUUGGUGAAAAAGGGUACAGUGCUUAACUCCUGGAAGGCAGUGUGGGUGGUGUUGUCGGAAGAUGGUGUGGAGUUCUAUAAAAAGAAAACAGACAGUUCACCGAAAGGAAUGAUUCCACUAAAGGGAGCCACACUCAUCACUCCUUGUCAGGAUUUUGCCAAGAGGACGCUGGUUUUCAAGAUCACCACAGAGAAGAAGCAGGAUCACUUCUUCCAGGCGUCGCACGUGGAGGAGAGAGAGUUAUGGGUGAAGGACAUCAAGAGAGCCAUCACCUGCCUGCAGGGAGGGAAGAGGUUCGCCAGAAAAUCCACAAGGCGCUCCAUUCGGCUGCCCGAGACCGUAAACCUGAAUGAGCUGUACAUGCUGAUGAAAGACCAGGAGGAUGGGGUGAAAGAGUUAAAACUGGAGCAGGAGAAUCGAGUCUUCAACCACUGCUUCACUGGUGCAACAGUGGUUGAAUGGCUGAUUUCAAAAGAGAAGGCAAGAAACAGGCCUGAGGCUCUCAUGUUAGCAACAGGGCUCCUGAAUGAGGGUUUUCUGCAGCCUGCAGGUGACCUGUCAAAAGAGGGAGCAGAGAGCGCCGAGCAAACAGCCUUCUUGGAUGACACGAAAGCUCUUUACUACUUUGCCGACAGCGGGUUCUUCUGUGAAGGCUACUCCAGCGAUGAAGAUGUGCUCCUGAAGGAAGAAUUCAGAGGAAACAUCAUAAAACAGGGCUGUUUACUUAAACAGGGCCACAGGAGGAAAAACUGGAAGGUGCGAAAGUUCAUCCUUAGAGACGACCCUGCUUAUAUGCAUUAUUAUGAUCCCACUAAGGGCGACGACCCUUUGGGCUCGGUCCACCUCCGUGGCGCUGUGGUCACAGCUGUGGAAUUUGUGCCUGACGCCAAAAAGUACGACAUUGAUGGCAACCUUUUUGAGAUCAUCACCUCAGACGAGACUCACUACUUCCUCCAAGCCGCUACAGCCGAAGAAAGGAAGGAGUGGAUCAAAGCAAUACAGGCAGUGUCAAAAAGUGGGAAAUAACAGGAGCAGAGGAGCAGCAGGGGAAUAUCUGCCAGCCACAGUUAUGACAUAACGGAAUUUACUAUCAUACUCUUGGGUUGUUUUCUUUCAUUCUCUAGUAACUGGCAAACUCACUUCUCUGUACACUAUCAAACAAGUGUUGUAAUGUUCUUGUGCACUGGGCCACAAAUAUA